AUCGCGUAUCAAUCAAAGGACGACCGCUAGACCUCGGCGGCCUACUGUCUGCGUCGAAUGUUGCGGUGUUUUGGCUCGUGUUUGGCUAGAUGACUGCAAGGCAAUGGAAAGGAGGAUGAGGGCUACCCCACCAGUAAGAUGGACUGUGAUUGUUCUGACCUGCCAGUACAAGGACAGUGUGCAUGUAUUUCAGCAGGAGCUUGUUUUCCGGCAGAAACGAGGAUGGAUCUCUUCAGAGACCCUUCUGCUUACUGUAGCAGACCCACAGGCAGCUUUGGGAAGUGGGGGAGCCACACUGAAUGCUCUUUUGGUUGCAGCAGAGCACCUCAGUGCCAGACAUGGAUAUACUGUAAUAAGUUCUGACGCUUUAAAAGGUGCUAGGAUCCUCAUUCUGCACAUGGGUCGAGAUUUCCCAUUCGACAACUGUGGCAGAGCUUUUUCUUGGUUGCCUACUGAAAGUCCACCUGAAUUUGUAGACGAACCUGCAGAGGGUCCAGUCUGUAACAUUGAUCUGCUGCUCAACUGUUUUACGCACAAGGUUGCCCCAGGAUCUCCUCCAGGUGUUUGGGUUAGCAGUAGUGAUAUGCUUAUUCAGAUUCCUACAGCUCUCGACAUUUCAUGGACUGGCUUCACUGGGGUCAAAGUGUUUUCUCUUCCAGGUGAUGUGGAAUAUGCAAAGAAUCAUGGAGUAUACCUUACAGACCAUCAGGGUCGUGUGUGUGACAUCAUCUAUCGUGGUUCUUCAUGCCAGAUUCAGGCCUGUGCAUUGCAAGAUGGAAAGGUCCCUUUGGUCUCUGGAAUUGUGUUCUUCUCCAAGGAUGUGGCAGAGUUAUUACUUCAGACCCAUGUCACACACCCUCUUGAUGCAUGCACUUACUUAGGGCUGGAUUCUGGAGCACCACCUCUACAGUUAUCUCUAUUCUUUGAUAUCCUACUGUGUCUUGCCUGUAAUGUUACACAAGAAGAGUAUUUGAAUGGACAAAGGCAUGGUAACUCAAAAGAACAAGUGGAUGGCACCUUAAGGAAUGCCCGCACCGUGUUGUGGAAGGAAUUACGAGGAAUCCCACUCACUUUGGAAUACAUUCCAAAUGGGACCUACAACUACAUGAGUUUGUCUGGGGACCAGCACAUUAGGAACAUGACGCAAAGAUUGAGAGAUACCUUGGGAAGGAACACAACAAAUAUGACGUGGGUAUAUGUAGAGAAUCCUCAGUUGUUACAGAGAGAUUGCAUUGUGAUUAACAGCAUUCUAGAAGGAGAUGUUAUUGUGGCUGCAGGCUCUGUAAUUCAGCACUGCCAUCUGCGGGGCCCACUGACUGUAAAGUCUGGCUGCAUCCUGUCUGGGAUCGACCUUCAAUCAUCCAUUAGCCUCCAGGAUUGCACUCUCUCAGAUAUUAUUAUACAAGGGCACUAUGUGAAGCUUGGAGAUGAACGGCGCAGAGUGUUCACAGUCCUUGGACGCCAGGAUAACUUGGAGGUGUCUUUAGCUGACAGCAUGUCAAGUUUUCUGAACAAUAGCUGGACAGAAUUAUUUAAGAGGACAGGAAUUCGGAUUGGUGAGUUGUGGCAGCCCGCUGAAGAAGACGGAAAAUCUUUAUCUCUAUAUGAUACUCAUCUGUUUCCAGUGCUCCACAUGCACGGACCAGUGGGUGUGGAAGGUGUGUUAUGGCUCUCUGGGUUGAACAAAGAUGACAGACUCUCACUAUGGAGGGCUGCAUGGCGAAUGUCAAUGCGUGAAAUCCUCAACUGUCUGGACCAGGAGGCAGAGCUUAACUGGAGGAAGGAGCUUUUCUUUCAGACAGCGCGGCUGCAGGCGCAGGACACUCUGAGAAAUAGGAUGAAUUGCAGCCUUUGGCCACUCAUCCGGGCAGCUGUGCAAGAGAACCAGCAGAAUGAUCUUUUAGCAGCACUGGAUACAGUGGCCGCCGAGACUCCGCAUCCUGGGGUGGCUGCCCGUACCCUUGCUACAGUUGCUGAUGUGCUUGGAUGCAUGGCAGAGAGGAAGGGAGGCUUGCGUAGUGGCCCUGCGGCAAACCCUGUAUGGAAUUCUGCUUUUCGGCUUCUAGAGACUGGAGAAUUACAAUCUGGGGUGAAGGCCUUGGCUGCUGAAAGAAAAAACUGGCUUAGCAGGCCCGAUCUCUUGGUUAGAGCUGCACGUCACUAUGAAGCAGCAGGACAAAUCCUAAUCCGUCAGGCUGUUGCAACAGCAAGGGAGUUCAUCAAGAUCGGCAAUUGUGAUGCUCCACCGUUCAAUCAGUGGGUGGAGGUGGAGUGCCCAGCAAGGCUGGACAUUGCUGGUGGGUGGAGUGACACCCCACCAAUAACAUUUGAGCAUGGAGGUGCCGUGGUCAAUAUUGCUGUGCAAGUGGAUGGACGUCGGCCAAUUGGAGCCCGUGCAUGUCGAGUCAGUGAUCCUUGCCUGCUGCUGAUUAGCCACAGUGGUAGUCAAGGCCAUCAGGUCACUACAGAGACAAUAUGCAGGACAAUGAAAGAUAUAAAUGAUUACUGCCAGCCUCAUGCACCUAACGCUUUGUUGAAGGCCGCUUGCAUCUGUGCAGAAUUAAUUCAGUUCUCUUCUAAGCAUUCCAUGCAGGAACAGCUUGUGAACAAUUUUGGAGGAGGAUUUGAAAUCCAAUGUUGGUCUACGCUUCCUCAUGGUUCAGGCCUUGGCACCAGCAGUAUCCUGGCGGGUGCUAUAAUGGCAGCCAUCUAUGAAAGUGCAGGUCGCUCAUACAGCACAGAAGCGCUACUGCAUGUCAUCCUGCACUUAGAACAGAUUCUUACCACAGGUGGUGGCUGGCAAGAUCAAGUUGGUGGUUUAUUACCUGGAAUUAAAAUUGGACGUUCAAAGGCUCAGCUGCCACUCAGGGUUGAGGUGGAGCCUAUUUUAGUGCCUCCUGGCUUCACUGAAACAUUUAAUCAGCACCUCCUACUGAUCUACACAGGAAAGACACGUCUGGCUCGAAACCUCCUACAGGAUGUGGUGAGGAGCUGGUAUGCCAGACUGCCCUUCAUUGUGGAGAAUACAGACCAACUGGUCAAUACAGCUGAAGCAUGUGCAGAAGCCUUCAGACAAGGGUCUUUGGCACAGAUUGGCAGUAGUUUGGACCAGUACUGGCAACAAAAGAAAGUAAUGGCCAAAGGAUGCGAGCCCGCUUCUGUCAGUGCCAUGAUGGCAGCUCUUAAGCCACUAGCUCUUGGACAAAGUUUGGCAGGUGCAGGAGGGGGUGGUUUCCUUUAUCUGUUAACAAAAGAACCACAUCAAGCUGAUCACGUGAGAGACAUCCUUUCCAAGACAGAGGGUGUUGCUGAUUUCAGUGUCCACCAUGUUGAAGUAGAUCUUCAGGGAGUACUGAUCCAGAAGAAGGAAGGCUGCUUACCUUGACCAUAGAAGAAGCCUCUCUUUAUUUCAGUUUUCUCUCUGCUACAGCUAUACAGCUUAAUGCAGCAAACUUCACAUUUUUGAAAUGCCAACUCCAUAGGAGGGUAACCUUUGUAUUUUUUGUAAAACCAUUGUUUUCUUCCCUAUAAUAAAUAAAUCAGGAUUCCAAUAUACCAAAUUGGUUAAGGUAGAAUGGUAAGGAAGAGUUGGUGCAUUUGACCUACAGUCUUAGCCUCUUUAUGUCCUCACUCCGAAAGUCAAUUCUGAGUGCCAGUACUUGUCUGACCUCCGCUGGAGUCAAUCUCCAUGUCAGGGGGCCAGAGUUAGGACCCCAAUAGUCCAGUAUUUCUGUCACCUGAAAAUGAAAUAGUUAAACAUUUGCAUUAUAUUCCCCCAAGAACAGCUUUUUCAUUAUUGUGACUGCACAGAGUGCUUUAAAAGUCUUGCAUUAAAUAUGUACAGACAAAUAAUCUUAAGGAUUUUCUAACCUUAGAAGGCAAGAAUAAUCUUUUCCCAGCCUAGGAUACACUAAAAGCCCUGACUUGAUCUUAGGGUAAAAUAUUUAAUUCUUUAUGCAUGCAAACAGACUCACCCUUUCUAAGUUUAAUAUGGUGGCCAUCUGAGUAAGCCGUGCAAACUUGUCCCGAAUGGUCCAAGUGGUGAUCGUAGUCAGGUAUGCAAUUAGGGACCGGAGCUCCUUGUCAAACUGGAGUCCACCCAGCUAUAAAGAAGAUCGGUAGGCAAGAACACCAAGUUAGCUAAUCCCAGUUUUCCUGGAGCAUUAAUUUUUUUGUUUCUUCAUUAAUUUACUUACCCGGCUAAAGAUAGAUUUGAAGACUGUUUUCUCCAGCUCAGUGGCAAUAAGGCUAGUUAUCAGACUGGUCAGAUUAUCAUAGAUAACUGAGGAAAGGCCUGCCUAAUGGGAAACCAUGGAAAUACACAUUUAAAGUGAAUAGUCACAGAGAAUCUAUUUCACAAUUUUAAAAAUCAUGUUAAACUCUCUUAAGGAUAGUUUAAGAUCAUCUGCAUACUUCAUGCAGUUUUGUGCAACACUUGUGAAAGCACUCUGCAUGGGUUUGAGUUUUGCUUACGCACACUUGAGGCAAUCAUUCAUGACUUAACACUCUAGCAGGGUGGAUACUAUACAAAUAUGUAAGAAAUUAAUUUGACAGCUGUCAUAAAGACAGUGAAAUAAUACUGAUAAAAAUUAAUACAGGUUACAACUAGUAAUAAUAAAAUCUCAGAAACUGACUGAUCAGCUAGCCUGGGACCAAGUCAUGCUGAAACAAGAAUAUGUAUGAAAUACGGGGUCGGCUCACUCCAUUGGUCACUGGAAGUUGGGGAUCGGCUUAUCCUUUUGAUUCAGGACAUAAAGAAA